UCUCACCCUCCCUUACUCACUCACCCACUCCCUCUCUCCCUCCCAUCCACACACACACACACACACACACCACUCUAGUAUAUCAGCUAGCACCUAACGGAGAGGCAGAGGGGAGAGCAGAAAUGAAUGUGAAGAUCCUGACGCUGGUGAUCGUGUUGGUGGUAUCUCUGCUGUGCUUUGCCAGUGCUGGUCCAAUGGCCUCCACAGAGCACAGUAAGGGUCUGGAGGAGGCGGACACAGCACGGAAUCCUGUUCAGCAGAACCCCGGCAGAGGUGGGAGGAGCCAAAGACCUAAUGGCUGGAGGAGGAGACGCCCCAGACCCCGCCUCUCCCACAAGGGGCCAAUGCCGUUCUAGAGCAAGGCACUGCUUCGAGCGCCCUCCCCCAGGUUCUGAUUUAAUGCUCUUCCUUUGCCUUGGGGGGCCUUGCUACGAGGGGUCUACGCUAGUCCCAAACUGAAGAGUGAUGUCCAUAGCACCUGCUGGUUCUUCAAGCAACUCUUCUUCUGUCCACAUAAAACCAGGACGAGCCACUCACCCUCAAGCUCUACCAAGACCUCGGGGGCCAGGAUCAAGGGGGUGUGGGGGGUGGGGGGGGUGUUGAGCCCGAGCUACCAGAUAACUCUAUCUGUCCUCUCCCACUUUCCAUCUCUCUCUGUCUUUCUAUCCCCCCUCUCUCUCUCUCUCUCUCUCUCUCUCUUUCUCCCCCCUCUGUGUUUUUCUCUCAUUUGCUUUCUAGAGCCCUCCUGUCAUUGAUGUCUCCCCGCUGUGUUGCACACAGUUUGCAUGACGUGUCCCCCCCCCCCCCCCCCCCCAGGGCAGCCAGGUCCAAAACAGUCUUAGAAACGAAAGCCGUCAGUUUCAUCCUUAAGGUGUGGUUAGUCUCAUCCUCUCUGACUGAUUCAAGGUGACCACAUUCCUUUAUUCCACUUCUAUGAGGUUAUAUCUGGCUUAAGAACAGGGGGGGUUGUUUGAUGAGAGCGAACCAGGGCAGAGAACCAAAUGUAAUGGCAUUAUCCAAUGUUGUCGAUGUAAUCCUGUUUUUUGAAAAUUAUUUCCGAGAUCCCAUAGAAGCCAGGUCAAUAGCAUGUACAGAUCUUUUUUUUUUUUCAUCUGUCUGUUGCAAUAUAUUUAUCACUAUAUGAGUUUUUUUUAUUUAAGUACCAUUGCUGGUUGAAUUAGUUACCACUGUUAAUUAUUCUUGUUUUUAUUUUAUUUUUUAUUUUUAUCUCAUUUUACUCCUAUAUUCAAAUAUCAAGUAAACCGUGUAAACUGAGGGUUAAAGAGUUUCCAAUUUUACCUUUGUUCCAAAAAAUAUAGUGCAUAUACUACAGACGACACUCGAACAUUCUGCUUCACAUCAUCUCACUUAACUACACAUAGAGGAUUCCUCUUCUAUCCAAAACCGAUUACAUGUUUAUGAGCUCACUGUUAAAAACCCUCUGGACUCCAGAGUGGCUUCCUCCAGGGUGUCCAGCUGUCCCAUCUUCGCGUGGGACAGCGGCUGGGGACAGUGUCCUUAUGUCCCCGAGUCCUUGCCUCCUAAGCCCAUGCGCUGCGUUCCGUGGCCCUCUUUUGCUCGACUGUUAACUGGCCGGGGCGGUCCACUCCAGACCCUGGGGGUGAGCCGCUCCACCUUCAGAAGAAGUGCCAAAUAACGAUCUACUCCACAAUGCUGCCAGGAGAGACAGAAAACGAACACAUUACCUCUUAUUUCAAGUCUCAAAACACUGACUCGCUCAAACAGACAGUUCUCAUCCAAACGGCUUUUUAUUGUCAUGGUUUUUUUAUGUUUAUUUGUUUGUUCAACUCAAGUCCAAGAUCUAGACAACAUAUUUAAAAAGACUGGAAAGGCGUCUGAGAGAAAUUAGAGCAAAAAAACCAAAACCACAGUAUGCUUUUAAAGGAGCCAUUUUGCUUUAGCCCAGUUACACCACGUAAAGCCUACCACCAGUGCUCUAUACCCGCAGCUGGGUUGCCCUGGCCCCCCAACCACUAAGACAGAAUCACUAUGCCUUUACAUCAUACUGGAAUUUCUUCUGUUGCUUUCGUUUAAUUUAGUUUCUUUGUCUUUCUUUAAUUUCCUCAGGGUGCUGUGAUACAAGCCUAUACCAGAAUCGUCUAUGCUUUGUGCAUUUAUUUAAGAAUCUCUUUCUCACACACACACACACACAAGUACACAUACACUUAAACACACAUGCACACACACAAAUGUAUCUAAAUGUAUGUAUGCAUUAUAUAAAACUAUAUCUCCCUGCCUAUAUAUUUACACACACCACUACCGUCAUAUCAGUCCCACUUUGAAGGUGUUCAUGUUAUCCCCCCCUUGCAGGGAGCUGUUGCCUUGUAGCUUGAGCCUCCUUAAGCACAGGUGGCCACAGCUUUGAUCACUCUGCUCAUUAAAACCCCGGGAUAAUCUGUCUCAGAUGGGCCCCUGUCAAAGUCAGGAGUGUCUGAGGCCAGUGUGGCAGACUGGCUCAGUUCGUGACCACACCCGACCCCCCACCCCUGAUUUUACGUAAUAAGCCCCCACACGUGGAAAACCCCCCCAGCAGACGAUCCUAGGGCGGCCCUGUUCACAACUGCGUACUGGUAGCAGGGUCAGUGCAGUUUGCUCUUUUCCAUGGCAAUCACUCAAUCCUUUUAAGCGUCUGAUGCUUACUACAGUCCGAUGCCAAGACCUGUCAUGAGGCUUACACAAGACUGUUACUCCCUAACACCCCGUCUAUGAUUCACGUGCUUAGUCUGAGUCUGACCACAGAGUUGGCAGAGCUCCGCUCUUCUCUUCUUUUUUUUUGACACUAUAUGAUCAAAAACAGAUUUUGCUGACAUUUCUUUUUUCAACCCUCAGUAGGACUGAAACUGACUGAGAGCUGUGUAUUGCCUUGCACACCGAGUGCAAGACGCUCUUUAACGAUCAGGCAAGGUUAUGCCGCCGAGCUACGCUCACCUUGAUUAAAAAUUUAUUCAAAUCUGAGGGCACUGUGAAUCCCAAUCAUGUCAGUCUCAGCAUAGCUCCCCCCCAGAAUAACCCAGUUGUCCCAUCUGGAGGAGUUCUUUUUUAUUAUUUCAGUCAAAAGCAGGGGUGUUAAAACACAACAAGAAUAAAAGAAAAAAAGAAAACAAGAAUCACCAUUUCCUCUUUCCUGUCCACCGUGGUGCGGAGUGAUGCCUAUAUUCCACACCAUCGUCUCAUGAAUGUAUCUGUCACCGUCUGCACCAGCUGCGCAGCCCUUCCAGGGAGAAAAAGUCAAAUAAACCGCCGUCUCCGAGCGCCCCUGUUUACCAGAGCCAUGAGUCUACAAACCUAACCCCACCCCCCCUGCCCUGACUCCGCUCUCUCUCUCCCCAUUACCCGUCACCAUAGCUACACCCUGGUGAUGCUGGCUUUCUAUCACACGGAUUCUGAAAAGAUCCACAGACGAAUGAUCAGUCACAUCUAUCAAAAAAGAUAGAAAUCCAAAGCCUCCCUCUGUCUCGGCUCCCCUUCCCGUCAAUCACCUGGCUUUGGUCCUCUCUGUACGGGCAUGCAAGGCUGCACUUUUUUGCAAUUCCAUUAUGCUGCUGGAAAAAUAAAUCCCGAAAAACAAGUCUCCUUGGCAUGUAAUGUUUUUCCAGUGUAUUGUGACAAUUAUUCCUUUUUGACUGAUUCUUGUGUAGCUGGUUGUCCAAAGCUUACUUUGAACUUGGAAAUACAGUGUGGGAAAGCUGUAUUAGUUUUUUUUUUUUACAAUAAUUAUUUAUUUUCCUUUUCUUUUGUUGUGGUCGUAACAGUAUAGAAAUUAGUCUGCUACACGAAAAAAAAAUUAAUGUCAUAGAUUCGUCUCAGACCUCUCUGACUAUUCCCCAACAGUAAGAUUGCAUCAGGUUGAACGGGGCUUGGUUACACAAAACAGGACAAAGGCGUCCACCCAGACUAACACUGAAGUGGCAAACCAAUACUUUUCACUCAGAGAGUAAAACCAUUUCCUCUUAGGAUGGUCUUUGUUCUUGAGCUCCGCGUCCGUUCAUUUCACAAGGCUUGAGAGGCCUUUGGGCACUUGUAUUCCGCAUGUUUCAGGCAUACAUUUCAGCUUUUUUACCCUUUCUCACACACACAGAAGAUGUGCAUUUGGCUUGGAAAAUGUGAUAGGUCAGGAUAUAGGAGAUGUUGAGAAGACUGUAGAGGCAAGUGACUAGGAAGCUAAAGUAAACCUGGGGUAUGCUGGCUAAGCUCUACACAGAAUCACAGAUACACCGUGCCCGUUUGGGGCCACCAUCACCAACCAUCAUCCCGAUUCUCUACACUGCUCGCUCAUUUGAAAUACCACAAGGGUAAUAUACCACAAGUAGAGGACAUGGGUGAACAAAAAACCAUAAAGAAAAUGGAGGCUGGCAUGCAACAGUUGCUUUGCUGCUGAUGGGCUUGUCACCUAGCGUAUCUGCGGUGAUGACUGAGGGAUCGGGUGGCUGAAAUCCAAUCCCGCUCCCCGUUCACACGUAGGCAGCAGGCCGAGCAGCCAACAGGAUAACUCGAUUAGAUCUCCCGCUAGAGUAGCGCUGGCAGUGACGGGUCAUUACAAACUCAAAACGAGCUUCAUACUUCAGACGACAAGGCUCUCUUCUUACGUAGGCCACCAUCUUACAAUAGCCAGUGUGUAGCACCCACCCGCCACACAGACAAAAAAAUAAAACAGACGCCAUGCCAUGGCGCAGGCUAAAACCUCAGUGUUUUAGAAAAUAGUGCUUUUGGUGUCACCUUGGCCCUGGUGUUAUUUAAAAAAAAAAAAAACUAUAUGCACUGGCAUCAUAGAACAUUGACACUCUAUUCUGUUCCUGUUCUGUUCUUGGGUCUUAGCAGAGCUCCACUGGGACUCACUCGGGCAAUGCAGCAGUUUUCAUCAGUAUUAGUAGGUGACAAGCACAGUACCGUACAGACAGUGUAUAAGUCCUCAUCUUUUAUCAAGUUAAAGGUGUGUGUGUGUGUGCUCAUGUUACUCGCCAGGCCAAAUGUACAGUACAGUCUGUCUCUGUUUUUGAUGUUGAACUGGGCAAAAAUAAAUGACAUAAAUUAAUGACAUUUAAAAAAAACAAGUGUAUCAGAAAUGGUUGAAAUACUGUGUACAUAUUUGAACUUUUGGUUUCUAAUUUAUAAAAGAUAAGCUUUAGCUCUUGGAGUACUUAUUUUAUUUUCCUUUUCAUGCGUAGCUUUGUGUUUUUAUUUUCUAUUUCUGUAAAGUGUGUAAAUAUAUCUUUAUGAUAAUAAGUAAUAUUAAAAAAUCUUAUUUUAAGAA